GAGGUUGGUAGCCGGUUGGUUGUGGCGGUUGUGUAGCGGCGAAUGAAUCGUGCUGUGUUGUCGGCUUUUGUCGGGUGCUAAUUCAAAGUUCUCUUCCAGUUUUCGGUGCUUUUGAGUACGGAAAAUUUAAGACGCUGUGGGGAGUCUUCGCUCUCCGAGUAUGUGGCCGCUUUCUAACAUUUUACCAGGGCUUUCGGAGCGCGUAGUAUACCCGCUGCGGGUUUGUGUUUUUCUCGACCUUGUUUACCUGUUAUAAUUCGACGUUUAUUGAUUUAAUUUCACCGGUUCGCCGGCUCUGUAUUCAGUGGGUCGCUUUUAAACAUGCAUACGAGGCGUUUGGUGAAGAGGUCGAUUCUCGGCAGCCGCGUUUAUGCGCCGAGUCCGACGGGGGACGGUGCCCCGGUGACAGGAGUGGUCCAGGCUGUCAAGCAGGAAAACAGAGACGUGUCGACCGCAGGAGCCCGGCGCAGCGUCUACACCGUGCUCCUGCAGGACGGGAGCCUCAAGGAGUUCUCCGAGGAAGAGAUAGCCGCUGGCUUCAACAACACUGCAGCCAAAGGACCGCUAAAGUCCAGCUUGAAGCACUGCUUCAGUAACGGAGCUCCAGAGAGUCACAAGGGUGAAGGUGGCUCCCUCAGCCCAGAGGCGGUGGAUGAGCAGCGGAUGGCGGACGGAAAGCGCAUUGGCCGGGACCCCGACACCCGAUCAGUGUCCCUGCUGGAGCAGAAACGCAAAGUCGUGUCCUCCAGCAUCGAUGUCCCUCAUGCCAGGCGGUCGGAGGAGGAGGCGGACAUGGACAAGGUGACGGCUGCCAUGGUGUUGACCAGUCUCUCCACCAGCCCGCUGGUCAGGAGUCCGCCUGUCAAAGUCAACGAAGGUCUGAGUGGUUCGUGGAAAGACAACGGCUCCGCUGGCCCCUUCACUCCCUCCAGUAACAGCUCCUCCGGGGGCUACUGGAGCUGGUCUGCCCCCAGUGACCAGUCCAACCCCUCUACUCCUUCACCACCACUCUCCGCCGACAGCUUCAAGCCUUUCCGUGUUCCCAGCAUGGGUGGUGUGGGGAACGGCCCCUCAGGGCCUGAAGACCCCAGCCUGGAUGAGCAGGACGGUAGCAGCCUGCUAUUUGAUGAGCCCAUCCCUCGCAAACGCAAGAACUCAAUGAAGGUGAUGUUCAAGUGCCUGUGGAAGAACUGUGGCAAAGUGCUGAGUACCGCCGCAGGCAUCCAGAGACACAUCCGCACCAUCCACCUGGGGCGUAACUGUGACUCGGACUGCAGUGACGGCGAGGAGGACUUCUACUACUCGGAGAUCAAGCUCCACACAGACUUGGUGGCCGAUGGGCUGAGCAGCCUGUCCCCGGUGUCCCCAUCCAUCCUCUCUCCUGGCCCUCCUCCCCCCUCUCCUCUCCCGUCAUUCAACCAGCUGUCGGAUUCCCACAGACCUCCGCAGUCCUCUGACGUCAAGGAGCCUCACGCCGGAGGCACCACCCCGCUCAGCCGCUCGGCGCCCAGCGCGCUCUACCUCAUCCACACGGACCACGCCUACCAGGCCACAGCUCCAGUGUCCAUCCCAUCCAGCAGCAGUAACUCCAGCGGGUCGGCCUGCACCAGCUUCACCCCCAGCAACAGCUCCAACUUCAGCAUCUCCUGGCAGUCACCGCCCGUCACUUUCACCGGCGCCACAGUGUCCCCCAGUAAAAGCCAGGGCUUCGGUGAACAGCGCUCCCAAACCAUCGCCGUCCUCUCGUCCCCACCCAGAGCCACCACCGCCCUCAGUCGGAAGGUGCGCGGUGAGGGGAAGAAGUGCCGCAAGGUGUACGGGAUGGAGAACCGCGACAUGUGGUGCACCGCCUGCCGCUGGAAAAAGGCCUGCCAGAGAUUCACCGACUGAACGUUCCUCACCAACUUCACAGCGCCAUGCCAACGUGCACGGCUGCCUUUGGCCAGAGAAAAAGGGGGAGGGGCCUCGUUUUGCAUGCAUUUGGUUUUCUACAGCUCUUCAAAUCGCAACUGUCCGUCAAGCUCUGGAUCUGCCCCUGUGACCCCCCCCCCCCCCUCAGCUACACUGAACUCCAGCUGUGGGAGGGACCAAAGCGGGGUCACCUUUCACAUUGCCGUCCUCGCCAUUCCCACCAUUCCCAGUUUUGGGAAACCCCAGUGCAGCUAAACAGUGAAAGAAAAUAUAGAUCUAAAGAUUUUUCCUGUUUUUUAUGUUGGGUUCAGUGUUGCAUCUUUCUAUGUUUUGUAAAGCUCUGGUUUUUAAAGUCUAGUCGAAGAAGGAGUGUGAUUUGUUAAAAGAAAACAAAUCCUCACUUUUUUAUCCAAAAGAAGAUUGGGACUCUUUGCUGCCAUUUUUGAAGAACGUGAAAGCAUGGCAGGUAAAGGUCGCAGUUUUUGUUCUUCUUUCGACUUGUUCGUGUCUUGUUUUAUUUCUGGACCUUUCGGGUGAUCUUUUAUCAGCGACAUCCCAGCCUCUUUACCAGUUCCUCACCUGCUCUUCACUCCUGACAGCCGCUAGGAAUGUACGGCUGAGCCGAAAAGGGCAGGACAUGUGGAGGGGAGGUGAGGAAGAGAGACACACGUGGUGAAUGAGCAAUGCAAAAAAAAGAUACGAUUUACAGUCAGGGAAAGCAGAUGGACCAUGCGUUCACACACACAAACAAACACAGGUAUUCACACAUAAUCAGUUUUCUAUGUCACUUUUUAUCCAGUUGAUUCAUUUCCUUUGCUUUAUCAGGGAUGUGAUUCUAAAGAAAGCAACAACCAGCAGCUGACACAUGGAGUCAUACAGAACACACUCUCAAUAGCUUCUCUUUCACUUUGCAACCAAAAACUCCUUUAUCUUAAUCUCUAUUCUUUGUUUUUGUUGAGGUGUUCACCAUGUUUACUGUUGUUGAUGUAUUUUUUUUUUAUCUGUUUUGGCGAAAACCAAGACUGUUUACCUACCACAUGCUAAAGAAAGUGUGUUAGAGAAGCUUCCUGACAGCACUGGAAGCGUGGAGUCAGCGGCGUGCGAGGCCAUGAACAGAUAAACACCUUUCACCACACACAGAGAGACAGAUUGCCCUCCUCCUUAGCCAACCUUUACACCUUCCUAAAGGAAACAAAAUAUCUUUGUGUUUACGGACGCCGCAGAGGUGCAUCUUGGUCAUCUGUUAACCAACAGGGGAGGGCCGAAAACCAAACGCGAGGCACUUGCACUGUAUGUGUGUGGGGGCACUUGGUGCUAUUGAGGUGAAAAUGUUGCUAUCUUCCACUAGGCCUUUUCAUUUACAACUUUACGGAGUCUAAAAGAAAAUACGAGCAAAAAAAAGCAAACAUUUGAUCACACAGAAUAUGGUUACUCCCAUUUUGAACCAUUAUUUGCUCUAAGAGUUUUGGACAAAUUGUUUAUAAGCACUUGAUUGGGUCACUCCUUGUUGUUCAAUGUGCACCGCACACUUUAUUCACUUGGCAACAUGCAAGCAAAGCUUUGACUCGAGCCGUUAGAGUCCUUCGCCACGUAACAUGGUUACUGAGAAGAGGAGAGUGGGAAAGGUAAAAAUAUCUGAUUUGUCAUUUGAAUGUGUUCAUUUCAAUUCCCGCCUCCUUGUUGGCUCAAAGGCAGGAAACAAAAGCCAAAAAGUUUACAGAUGUUCACUCUGUAGUGAUAAUGGACCAACUCUUUUUCUCCUGGGGCUGCUCUCUACUUUAUUACUGUACUGAAAUGUAUUGAAAGUUCUUUCAAAAUGUUUCUACCAACAGACACAAUGUGAUACCGAUUCUGCAUUUACUCUCUUUAUUAUUGAAUAUUUUCUCAAAUGCAUGCUCAAAUGUUUUUUGGUUUUUUUUAGACAUUCGGAUAGGACAGUGGAGAGUGACAGGAAAGUGGGAGAGAGAGUCGGGGUGGGAUCCGGAAAGGACCACGGGUCGGGAAUCGAACCCGGGUCGCCGGCGUACGGUGCAGGUGCCCCAGCCAGUUGCGCCACGGCCGGGGCCCGUGCUCAAAUCUUUAUUGGAAUUCCUGUCACACAGAAUUAUUUUACCCCAGGAUUAUUAGAAACCAACACCAGCUAUAAACUCGCUCACUUGCCCAUUUCACAGUGCAGCCCCCCCAACCUGAUGUAAAGUGGUAUCUCUGUUAUGUUUGCUCAGCUGUUUCUAUUUCUUUUUGUAGGUGUGUCAUUCUUGUAUUUUCUCUAGGCUCCAUGUUUAUGACCCGUUACCGCGGUCAUUACAUUUGCCACCUUAUGAACAGAAGACAGGUUCAGAUAAGACAUUGUGAGAGGAGAUAAUGUACCGUUCGACCCGUCGGACUACUGUUGUUUUGAAUAUAGGGAUAGCCUUAAGUCACUCUUGAAAAAAUCAUUGUGCUUCUUCUAUGUUAUUACAUUGAUGUUUCAGUAAGAAAUAUUUAGAUUAUGUCCAAACUGGUUUUCCAUUGUAUUAUGUGAACGUAUUAUUGUUUAAGAAAAGACAAAUCUAUAUAUAUAUACAUAAAGAAAAACAUGUUGACCUUUAAAUUCAAAAGCAAAAAACGACUUUGAUUUGGCUGUUUGUUUUAUAUUUUUGCCCAUAUAUAUAUAUAUAUAUAUAAAUGAUUACAUAUACUGUUGAAUUUUGUUUUCAUGUUCUGCUAAAGUUUUUCUGGUGAGGAGGAGCCCACAAUUCUCCCUACAAGCAAAGCCUGUUAUGCUCUUUCCAGGCAGGGUGACAUGCGUGCCUAGAGAUACGCGGUUGGCGGAUCGGGCGGAAGACGUGACGAAAAAUAAUAUUUUCAACCAAUCAAAUGAAGAAAAAAAAACAUUGUUAAAUAUUGUUACCUACAUCCGAAAAAAACUAGCACAGUUUGAAAUAGUCAAAUUUUCAUCAGGCAGUAAUUUGGCCUAGUUGCGUCUAUGCAUGCUGCUUUGUUUAUUAUCAGAGAUGGCAACGGCGGCGGAGGUGGUACACGACAAACUCAAAAAGGGAGAACUAAAAACCAAGGGAAAAGAAGGUCGGAAAAGUGCUGCCUGGAAUAACUUUUAUGAAGUGGUGAAUCAGGAUGACACCAGCGCAGGCAAGACAAGCAAGUUUUGGGGUUGAUAUGGACAAUUAAAAAUGUGAACAUGCACUGUUGUGCGGUGGACUUUAAGCAAAUUGCGGAAUGAACAGAGUAUUCUUUAAUAUCGUGGCUCCAUAGUUUGUUUCUUGUAUGAUUGUUAGGCCUGCUGGUAUAAAAUGAAUUGCACUGUCUGCCUGAAAAAAAGAUGCGCUCUCUUCCCAUGUAGUCAAAAUUAACGUCUUCAGAACAGGCUCGUCCUGGAUGUUACCCUGACAUGACAGUUAUUUAGUGCGCAGAGUUAAUUCGCCUAUAGUGUGAACGACUUGUUAUUAUAUUCGGUCUUUUUUUCUUUUUGCCAAAAAUAAAUGCAUAGACCUCAAAACAACCAGCGGGUGCCGUUUUGAAAAUUGGUCAAAAAACGUUGGUUCGGAUGGAUGGCGGAAUGAUGAUGAUUUGUGUGAUGCGGUUUUGGAUAAAGUAAUAGCCUAUCCGCGCAUCUCUAGCGUGCCCCCGCCUGCUGCUCCUUCACGUCACGCUCCCCGCCGCUGCUGCUAAACGGUCGAAAUCCACAGUUGAUUAAAACCUUUAUCUUAUUUCCAAUUCUCCUCUCUGGCUGCCAUGCAGGCCCACUUGCAAUUAGUUUGAUUGACAUGUCGUGUGUGUUUGCACUCAAGUGUGCAGUCAAACACUUCUGUGUAUGGAUGUGAAGGAGCCCCAGGCAAAGUAGCUGCCACUGGAGCACGGUGCUCUGCCUCCCCCCCACCCCCCUUACAGCGUUACUCUCGCUUCUCCCAAGGAGCUCCACACCUUUGUCAAACGGCCUGUGGCGUUUCCCUGUCAGCUGACAAACCAACACUUAUGAGUUAACAGUGUAUUUGGUUGGUUCGGACGUCGCUAGCUGGAUGGUUCUGAUGUUAUUUUUUGUUUACCUCCAUGCACACUUCCCACUGCCCUUUCUCCAUCAUGGGGGUGCCUCAUGUUUGUGUUAGGACCGGCUCCUCCAUUGAUGUGUGGAAAAAUCUGGCAGCCAAUCAGAUUCUGUCCAGGAACAAGUCCUUACAGCAGUAAUUCAGAGGUUGGAUAUUUUGAAUGGCAGCAUCUCUAGGCAGCUCACUUUAAAAGAGGCUCUGAGCCACUGUGACCAUCUAUGGCUUGUAGUAAAAUUGGGCCAAAAUAAGCUAAUCUCACCCUCGUUUGGAGCCAAUCCAAAUGCUCCAACAAAGAGUUACUGCCAUAGUUCUCAAAGCUUACCAUCUCUGUUGAAACUCUGGGAUCUGUUUGUGGACUGUGACCUGGCCUGCGUUAUUGUUCUGAGAACAUCUUUGGGUCCAUUCAUCACCAAUGGCUCAAAGAUGGCCUCCACGUUGAGGGGCUUUCAGAGACUCUCAGCCCAGGUCUGUCUUUGCAUACUUUUAGCAUUUUGGUGCUGUGGACACGGACGUGGAGAAAUUGAGGUGCUAUAUUUCAUUCUGUUUCUCCCAUGUUGUUCUCUGGUCAUUUUAACUCCAUUUUUUUUGUACACGAUGUUAUGCUGUACAACAUGAAAAUAAAAACACCAUGCCUCAAGCGUACAAAGUGUCCCGACACCAGUCAGUGAGGGGGUCGCCCCGAACCCUCUGUUCUUUCUCACCUGCUUCCUCAUUAGUGUUUAUGCUUUUAUUUGGUGACCAGUGCUCAUUGAUCUUUCCCCACUUGUUGACCUCAGUCAUGUAGGUAAGAGCAAAACAUGGAUUUUAUAGAACAUGAAAAUGGGAAUUUAUUGUAUUACAUUACUAUUCCCCAAAGAACAAACAUCAGCCUAAGGUCAACCUAGGUUUCACCCAUAUUACACAGUCCUCAUUCGUGGCAUCAUUUGUCAAUGAAUUCUUUACAUUUUACAUUAUUAUUUGAUUUUAUAAGAACUAAGCAUACAAUCUAGUGUUGAAGACCAUCUGACACUCGUAGGCUUCAGAAAUAGUGUUGAUAGGCCCAAAUUUGAAAUAUUUUCAUCAGCUGAUAUACAAACUCAACUUCCCACAGACAUUAAACAUGGCAAUAUAGCAAGCAACACAAACUCACCCGUCGUUGCUCAGAAAAGCAGGAAAUGAUCACUAUAACUGACAUCACAGAGUCCAUUUGUACCAGACAGAUGAACAUGUUGUGAGAUGUUUUGGGUAUUGGAUCAUUUACUUCCUAUUGUGUUAAACGAAGUAGGAUAAUGACUCUUAUAUUUUACCCUAAGUAUGCCAAACAGGCCAUAUGGCGUCAUGCUCCUGGUCUGAUCAGCUAACUUAUUCACUUUACAGUAGGAACCUGGGGGAGUGAGCAUCCAAACACAAACAUUAUAUAAACAUGUGUUCGCACAGCAGAAUUAAAACUGUGGCAUCAAAGAGCCACAAUAGGCGGUCUUGUUGCUCUAGUGCGAGUGAUAUGAAUACUUAUGAGGCCUUCUUUUGUGUCUCCCUUCAUAUCGAGCCGCUGCUCUGGCUUUUGUUCUCUGCUGUGUUUACCCCCCUCCUCUGACGCCUAAUACAGGGCUGAGCGUUCAUGAUUUAUAGACUGAAUAAAACAAGAUAGCAUUAUUCUGCUUACGGACGAUAUAAAAAUCAACUCUUGUGAGUUACGAGGGACCCUCAAUGUUUAUGUCCUCACACACACACACACACACACACACACACACACACACACACACACACACACACACACACACACACACACAC